AUGGGGCCCCCGGGCAAUAGGGGAUCAUGGGGCCCCUGUGUCCUUGCCCAAACUCAAAAAAGCCUCGCAAACAUAAAAAUCUGAUGAUUGCAAUGAAGAAAUCUGCUGCAUCUUCCAAACCUUUCUUUAAACCAUAUCUGACCAUGUUGUACUAUAGAUGCAUACCAGGGGCGGACUGACAACUCAUGGGGCCCCCGGGCAAUAGGGGAUCAUGGGGCCCCUAUGUCCUUGCCCAAACUCAAAAAAUCCUAUGAAAAAGGUACCAGGGGCAUCUCAUGGGGCCCACCACUGACCCCGGGCCCUCAGGCAGUGCCCGAGUAUCCAAAUGGUCAGUCCGCCCCUGAUGCAUACAUAAUGUCU